ACAAGUAACAGCCAGCACACUGCAGAGAUAACCGGCGAUUCAUUAUCGAUAGCGUCCAUUUCUGUUUCGAGAUUUCACAUCUUAUUGAAACGCUGUUCCUCUUUCCAUUCUCUCUCAGAGCUCUUCAAUGGCAGAUCAGAACCAAAAACCAGAGCUCUUUGAACUCAACAAUGGAACCAUGCAUGUCCUCAUCACCAAUGUCGGAUGUGCGAUCACUUCCUUGUCGGUGCCUGGCAAAGAUGGAACCUUGUCUGACGUUGUUCUCGGGUUCGACUCCGUGGAUCCGUAUCUGAACGGUGUUGCUCCUUACUUUGGCUGCAUUGUGGGUCGGGUUGCCAACAGAAUCAAAGAUGGGAAGUUUACACUUGAUGGGGUUCAAUACUCUUUGCCUGUCAACAAACCCCCAAACAGUCUCCAUGGUGGUAACGUGGGGUUUGAUAAGAAGGUGUGGGAAGUUAUUGAAUAUAAGAAAGGUGAAACCCCUUCGAUCACUUUUAAGUAUCACAGUAAGGAUGGGGAAGAAGGUUAUCCUGGGGACAUCACUGUUACUGUAACUUACACACUCACUUCUAAGACAACUCUAAGGCUUGACAUGGAAGGAGUGCCAAAGGACAAGCCCACUCUUUUGAAUCUAGCGCAGCAUACUUACUGGAACUUAGCAGGCCACAGCUCGGGGAAUAUACUUGACCAUUCAAUUCAGAUAUGGGCUAAUCAUAUCACUCCUGUGGAUGAGAAUACUGUACCAACUGGUGAAAUUAAGCCAGUGAAGGGUACCCCAUUUGAUUUUACAUCCGAGAAGAGGAUAGGUGACACCAUCAAUCAGGUCGGAAUAGGAUAUGACCACAACUACGUGCUUGAGGGCGGCGAUGAGAAGGAGGGUUUAAAACAUGCUGCAAAAGUGAGGGAUCCCUCAAGCUCUAGGGUUUUGAACCUGUGGACAGAUGCUCCUGGCAUGCAAUUUUACACGGGGAACUAUGUCAAUGGUGUUUCAGGAAAACAAGGUGCUGUUUAUGGAAAGCAUGCAGGGCUCUGCUUGGAGACACAGGUAUUCCCAGAUGCCAUAAACCAUCCAAAUUUCCCAUCUGUUGUCGUCCGACCUGGUCAGAAAUACCAACAUUCCAUGUUGUUUGAGUUUUCCGUUGGGUGAAAUAGUAGAGUACUUUACUUUUAGGAGUGAUAUUGGAGACCUGGUCUGCCUACAAAGAGUUAGAGCAUAAAUGUCUGUCUCCCAGAAUAAUAAGUGCUUGCUUUGUGUUUAAAUAAAAGUGCCUGUGGUGCUGCAUGUCCCUGAGCUUGAUGAG